AUAACGUAACACCACCGAGCCCAGCUAGAUGUCUGAGAGACAUCAGAGAGUUGAGAGAGGCAAGCAGAGAGGGAGAGAGAGGACUCACACAGCUUAUAUGAGGAUGAUUCAUGUGUAAGAGGCUACCCUUCCUGCUACAUGUUAGUAGAGAUGUAUUAAAGGAAAUAAGGGAAAGGCUCUGCUGACCAAAGAAAAAACAUUUAAGGGGGUUGGGAGGAGUCUUUGAAUGUUUUUUCUCUUUCUUUUUCUUAUCUGGAUCUUGGUGGGCGGAAGCUCAAGGCAGAUAGGGUAAAGGGACUGGAAGAAUAGUGGACCCUUCAAGUUGCCUGACAGUCUGUAUUGGAAAAAAAAGGCAGGAGAGACAGAGAGAGAGUGAGGAAAGAGUAAAGAGAGGGAGAGCAGUACUCGUCUCCACUCCCCCUCAGCAAAUGGGAGAGCAAGUCUAAAUCAUGUUGCAUAUCAGUGCCGUUGUGCUGUGAUGUUGCUCAGGCAGAGCCAGCCGCAGAGCAGACAGCCUUGUGGACCAAUAGUCAGACCCAGGAUCAGCCCAGCCUUCUCAGAGCUGGAGACCCUCUCCCCGCAACGUUCCUCGCCUCCGCUGCGUGCCCCCCUCAGUGACAUGUACCCCGAAGAGAGCCGGGGGUCUGGAGGGGUAGCCACUGUGGACUUCCUGGAAGGGACCUACGAUUAUGCCCCCACCCCUGCCCCGACCCCACUAUACAGCCACUCCACUCCUGGCUACUACUCUGCUCCUUUGGAUGCCCAUGGACCACCCUCAGAUGGCAGCCUUCAGUCCUUGGGCAGUGGGCCUACUAGUCCUCUUGUUUUUGUGCCCUCCAGCCCCCGACUCAGCCCUUUUAUGCACCCACCCAGCCACCACUAUCUGGAAACCACCUCAACACCCGUCUACAGGUCAAAUGUCUCAUCCAGUCAGCAGCAGCUGUCCAGAGACGACCAGUGUGCACCAGUGACGACUCAUACAGUGGGGGGAGUCAGGGGCUGGAGCCGGGCCGGUGGGUUUGAUAUGGCCAAAGAGAUGCGUUUCUGUGCUGUGUGCAGUGACUAUGCCUCUGGGUACCACUAUGGGGUGUGGUCCUGUGAAGGGUGCAAGGCCUUCUUUAAGAGGAGCAUCCAGGGUCACAAUGACUAUAUGUGCCCAGCAACCAAUCAGUGUACUAUUGACAGGAAUCGCAGGAAGAGCUGCCAGGCUUGCCGUCUUAGGAAGUGUUACGAAGUGGGCAUGAUGAAAGGAGGUGUGCGAAAGGACCGCGGGCGUGUUUUGCGACGUGACAAACGACGGACCGGCACCAGUGACAAGGCCUCUAAGGACCUGGAGCACAGAAUAGCACCCCCCCAGGACAGGAGGAAGCACACCAGCAGUAUUGCUGGUGGUGGAGGAGGAAAAUCAUCGAUGAUUGGCAUGUCACCUGACCAGGUACUCCUCCUGCUCCAGGGUGCAGAGCCCCCGGUGCUGUGCUCCCGUCAGAAGCUGAGUCGUCCCUACACCGAGGUCACCAUGAUGACCCUGCUCACCAGCAUGGCCGAUAAGGAGCUGGUCCACAUGAUCGCCUGGGCCAAGAAGCUUCCAGGUUUUCUGCAGCUGUCCCUCCACGAUCAGGUGCAGCUCCUGGAGAGCUCAUGGCUGGAGGUGCUGAUGAUCGGGCUCAUCUGGAGAUCCAUCCACUGCCCAGGCAAACUCAUCUUCGCACAGGACCUUAUUCUGGACAGGAGCGAAGGCGACUGCGUUGAAGGCAUGGCUGAGAUCUUCGACAUGCUCCUGGCCACCACUUCCCGCUUCCGCAUGCUCAAACUCAAAACUGAAGAGUUUGUCUGCCUCAAAGCUAUCAUCUUGCUCAACUCUGGUGCCUUCUCUUUCUGCACCGGCACAAUGGAGCCUCUCCACGACAGUGCGGCAGUGCAGAACAUGCUCGACACCAUCACAGACGCUCUCAUACAUCAUAUCAGCCAGUCAGGAUGCUCGGCUCAGCAGCAAUCAAGGCGGCAGGCUCAUCUGCUCCUCCUGCUUUCCCACAUCAGGCACAUGAGCAACAAAGGCAUGGAGCAUCUCUACAGCAUGAAGUGCAAGAACAAAGUGCCUCUGUACGACCUGCUGCUGGAGAUGCUGGAUGCUCACCGCAUCCACCGCCCAGACAGACCAGCCGAGUCCUGGUCCCAGGCUGACAGGCCUCCCUUCACCACCAGCAACAAUAACAGCAGCAGCAGCAGUGGUGGAGAUGGAGGCCCCUCUUCAGCUGGUUCCGGUUCAGGGUCACGAGUCAACCAUGAGAGUCUGAGCAGAGCCCCCACAGGUCCAGGUGUCCUGCAGUACGGAGGGUCCCGCUCUGACUGCACCCACAUCCUAUGAGACAGAGCACAACAAGCUACGUCCAAAAGUCAUUCUUAUGGAUGACGUGUGAAGCAGAGAGUGAAAAGGGGGUUUGGGAAUGACAGAUGAAGGUCAUAUUUGAAUUCAUUUCAUGAGAUAAUUAUUUAUAAAUUCUAUGAUUUUAUAGUUGUAGCUGUUUAGGGAGACAUUUUUCCUUUGCACUACUCCAACUCACUACAAUAUGAGCUUCACUGCAGUUAAUCUUCUGCGCUGCCUUUCAUGAUAAAUGUGAUUUUGAGUCAGACUCUUAACAGCUUUACAGUACAGCUUCUUAUUUCCAGGUGAUAGGUCAUAUUGUGGCUACAGUGAUUUAAAAUGAUGAGCAGCUAAUUUUUCUUUGUAUUCGCUUCGACCAAAGUGCACUUCCUCCUGGGCUUAAGGGGCUAUUGGGCAUUAUUUUUAUUUUUACAUAUUAAGGAUGAUUACACAGUAAAUAUAAUAAAAGUAAAAUUUGGAA